AAAUAAAUGUGGAAACUUCGGAUUGUAUCCGAGAGUUAUGUGUACUGCAAAAAGUGUAUAUGGGAAUCAUAGAAAAAUAUCAGUAUUUUUCUAAUAACUCGAGAAUGGUUCGUCCAAUUAGGCUCAACUUCGAACUCGGCCGAGAUCUUUAUGAGUCUAAAUUGUAUAUAAAACUUCAUCAAUAUCUGACUCUCCUUUCGCAAGGUAUCGUGUAAACGACUGGCCGAACACACUGAUCGAUUCUAGUAAUAUACUCACUUUUUGAGUAGACUAAAAAGAGGACAUGCGCAGGGACUAAGAGGCAGUUCCUUGGUGCGCUCACGGAUGAAUUCUUUUAGAUAGAUUAAUCAACAUCAAUCUAUCGUGAACUUCAUUUUUCGAGUACAUAAACAUAACGUUGACUCUACGGAGAACAAACGAAUAUCAUACAGACACACUAUUAAGGUAUAUGGCUUUUUCAUGGUUUUUUACAAGUGUGAUACUAAAGACAUAUCGAGCGCAGCAUAUCUACCCCCUAUUAUUUUAUAUCAUUUUCAAGCUCUUGAUGAGUUCUAUCUACUCUAGAAAAAGUGUUAUUAGCAAUAUGAAAAACAAACAAAUAUCGCACUGACACAUUAUCAACAUAUAUGAGUUUUCUAUAGUUUACCCACCCUGUUAUAUAGAGACAAUCUUGUGUGCAACCCGUUUACCCCUAUAAUUUAGUACCAUCUUGUAGCUUGCGAAAUUCUUUAUUGAAUGCUUUAUAAUAAGUGGAAAUUUAUUUGACUUUAGUAGAAAAAUUGAUCACGAGAAUGGCAUUAUAUUAUUUUUCCCAAAAAAAAAUAUAGAAAAAUCAUAGGGAAAUAUCAGUAUUUUUGCAAUAACUCGGGAAUGGCCCAGCCAAUUAGGCUCAUCUUCGAACUCGACUGAGAUCUAAAUAAGACUAAACUGUGCACAAAAUUUCAGCUCAAUCGGACUAUUCUUUCAAACGUUAUCGUGCAUACGGCCGGACGGACGGCCGGACGGCCGGCCACACUGACCGAUUCUAGAAGUGUACUCACUUUUUUUGAGUACACAAAAAGAGUGAUAUAAUGAAACUAUAGGUAACAUUAUAAUAUUACAUGAGGGUGUGGAUAAACGUCCUCAUCCACACUCUUAAUUUAUUUGUUUAAAUAAAAUUCUUUUAUUAAUCUCUACAAAGAGAAACAAAUGAAAUGAAGAAGUUUCUAUUCACUUUUCAUUUGAUUUCAAAACGUGUUUUGUAUUGACUGAAAUUCAUCGGAAUUAAAAUAAAUAAGAGAGAAAAUGUUUUAGUUAUAAAUAUGAUUUUUAUUUCAUUGAUCAAUUGAGUUAUUUAAGAGAAAAGUAUUCGGAAGAUAAUUGAAAAUAAACAAAAUGAGAUGAGAGAAGAGAAAUCGAUAGAAGUCGAAGAUCAGCGUGACUUAAACCAAGUUCAGUCUUAGUUAAUCACAAUAAUUUUACGUUCAAAGUUCUUCGAUUUUUCUAAUCAUAAAUCAGCUAAAAACGCAUAAACUUUAUUUGAUUUUAAUCAGAUUAUUUGAUUUUUCAUCGAGACAAUAUCAAAAACAACUAAAUGUUAUAUUUUAGAGGCAAAUAAUUGUUCAUAAAAGAAAAAAAAAUCCCUAACAGAUCAAAUUUAAAAAUAAUUAAAAUGCAAUAAAACUGAAUAUAAUAAUAAUGUUCUUUGAAUUGAUUUUCAAUUAGAAAUAUUUGAUUUUAACGAUGUUAAUUAGAUUUUGUAUCAUAAAUUCGUUUCGCUUACAAUUUAACGUUUGUUUUUCUUUUAAAACUUGAUAUAAAUGUAAAAUGAUUAAUCCUAACGAAAUUCGAUUCACAAUAAAAGCUUUUUAGAAGAAAACUCUGAAUUUUCAGUUUUUGAUAUUCUCGAUGAUCCUAUAAUUAUAAAUAAUAAAUUCAUCGAAUAGAUUUAUUAUUUGAUUCUCUUCUCAUCUAAUUCACAUAUUUUGUUAUUAUUUUAAUUUCAUUCAUUAAUUUCAACAUAGAAAAUCUUUUCAUAUUAGAAACUUCUUCGAAAAAUAUGAUUUACUAAAUAUAAUAAAAGAAUCUUUACACAUUUAAACCAAUAUUCACAAAUUAUUCAAUUAAUAAAUAAGAGAUUUUACGUUAAAAUACUUCAUUUUCACAAUAUUUUUAUUAGACAAACAUUUGAAUCUUUGAGAACAAUUUAAGAAGAGUCUAGAGAAUUAUAUAAACAUGAGUAUCAUAAUAGAAAACUUGUAAAGAGAUUUGUUUAGAAUAAUACAAUAGAAGAUAUUAACUCUUUUAUUACAAAGGAGAAGAGAUUAUAUAGAAUGACUUUAAUUGACAACAAUUUUUGUAGACUGCACAUUAUUAAUAGGCUUGGUUUCUAUGUAAUAGAUCGUAUUAAUGCCACGGAGAAAUUUUUCAUGAUUGUUUCUUAUAGCGACGAUCAUAAACUGUGAUGAUCGCAUAAUCAAAAAAGAAAUGAUCUCAACAAUCUUUAAAUGAGAUCAAACAAUGUUUUCUGUUAAUUUCUAUUGAAUAAACUAUUUAAUAAUCAAAUAAAACUUGUUAUUUUAUUAAACAUUUUUGAACUUUUUUAAGGAAUAAUUGUGGCUGGUGGAAAUGGUAAAGGAAGAAAUCUGAAUCAAUUGCCUUAUCCUCAAGGAGUCAUUAUUGAUGAUUUGGGUCAAAUCUAUGUGGCAUAUAUGCGGAAUCAUCGAGUAAUGCGUUGGGGUGAAGGAAAAGAAGAAGAUGAAGUUGUUGUUGGUGGGAAUCGGCAAGGAAGUGAAUCAAAUCAAUUAGCUCGUCCCGCUGGUUUAUCUUUUGACGAUGAAGGAAAUCUUUAUGUUGCUGAUUAUUCGAACGAUCGAAUUCAGAAAUUUGAAGUCAUUUUGUGA